UGUGGCUGACCCAUGUGCUCCGUUUGCAGAGAACUUCCGCGUCCUGUGCACUGGUGAGAAGGGCUUCGGCUACAAGGGCUCCAGCUUCCACCGUGUCAUCCCAGACUUCAUGUGCCAGGGCGGGGAUUUCACAAACCACAAUGGAACCGGAGGCAAAUCCAUCUACGGGAACAAAUUUGCGGAUGAGAACUUCACUCUGAAGCACACCGGCCCCGGAAUUCUCUCCAUGGCCAAUGCAGGGCCGAACACCAACGGCUCCCAGUUCUUCAUCUGCACAGCUAAAACUACCUGGCUGGACGGGAAGCACGUGGUGUUCGGCCAGGUGGUGGAUGGCAUGGAUGUGGUGAAGACGGUGGAGAAGUAUGGCUCCCAGGGCGGGAAGACCUCCAUGAAGGUCACCAUCGCAAACUGCGGCCAGCUCUGAGUCUCCUGCC